AUGUCAACCACGUUAAAAGCGUUAGGCGUAGAGGUCUUAAGUUUCACAAAAUCUCGAUAAGAAGAAGCAGUCCAUACUCAAUCUUCUUUAAGAAUUACUCCGUUUCUUAAGAUUGAUUCCGAAACGUUUGAUUGGAGUACUAUCAUUGCUAAGCCUGAACUUAUUUCAAUUAAAGUCAAAAAGCAUGAAUAAUAUAUAAAUGCAGAAACUAUGGAGGAAGACUUAUUAUAAGGUGAAGUACAAUGGCCAGUAUAGUAUUUCAAAAUUAUUCAAAUUAGUAUGCAGAAAACUCACUUUACCUGUUUUCUUCUACAAGUCCAUUUAGAUUAAGUUUGUUGUAGACAUUGAGUUCUUAGAAAUUAGUCAUUUUUAUGAGAUUGAUUACAAUAAUAAAUGUAGCAGCAGUUUGUGCUUAUGAUUAUUAAUCCAGAAUAGAAUUAGAAGAUUAUGAAAGGAAUAGGAUUUGUACUACAAUAGAGAUAGUUUGCAAUAUAUUAUUUGGUUUAGAAUGCUUGGGAUAAAUAAUUGUUUAAGGAUUUUUGUUAGGAAAGAAUACUUAUUUAAAGUCUGGGUGGAAUAUUGUUAAUUUUGCAACAUUUAUUUCUACAUGGGCUAUUUUAGGUAAUAUUAAUAGUAGUAAUUAACUAAUACAUAUCUUAAGAGUUAUAAGAAUAUUUAGAGCUCUGAGAUUAAUUUAAGAUUCAAAAAUAUUAAAAAAAUAAUUAGAUGCUUUUAUAGGUAGUUUUUAAAGACUAGGACCAAUUUUAGUACCAUUAUUAUUUGUUGUUUUAUAUUACAGCAUAAUUGGAUUACAUUUAUUUAUGGGAAUUACAGAAUAUAGAUGUAGAGAAACACCAGAACCUGAAGAUGGUAAAUGGAUAGCUGUGGAAGAUAUUAAACAUUUAUGUGGAAUAUGGGAUUGUCCAGAAGAUACUUAUUGUGGUUCUUUGGCUGAUCAUGGAUUACCUAGAGAUUUUUAAGAAAAUAGAUAUGAAUAAUUUGGAUUUGGAUUUAUAAGAUUUGAUGAUUUCUUUUAUUCAUUAUUUGUUGUAUUCACUUUUCUUACUAUUAUUGGAUGGUCAGGAACAACAUUUAUGUUUUGGAGAGCCAUGACAACAUAUGUUACUGCAUUUUAUUUUGUUUCAUUAAUAUUCAUUUUGUAUUAUUAUUUCAUUAUAUUUAAGGGCUUAUUUAUUAUCCAAUUUAUUAUUAGCAUCAUUUUAUGAAUCAUUUAUGGUUUUAAGUUCAAUUAAAUAGAAUAAGAAUUCAGAUAAUGAACAAGAGGCUUUGGAGAAUGAAAUAAUGAAGAAAAAAUAACAAUAAAUGAUGACUAGACUUUAAUAAUUGAAUGAUUAGAAAAAUUAGAGAAGGAUAAAAAAGAAAAAAUAUGAAAUAUCACUAUAUUAUGAAGAAGAAGAAUAAGAAAAUGAUAUUUUGGGUGAAAAAUUUAAGAAAUUUUAACAUUUCUCAAAUAUUAUUGUAAAAUCAAACCUUUUUAAUUAUUUAAGUUGUUCAAUGAUAUUAAUUUCUACAAUUGUAAUUAUAUCUGAUCAUCAUUAAAUAUCAGAUGAAAUGUAAAUAAUAUUAUUAUUUAAUAUUUAGUUAUCAAAAUUUAUUGAUUGUAGAUUUCAUUUGUAUUAUAUAUUUCAUUGUAGAAUUAAUAAUAACUAUAUGGGGAAUAGGUAUGGAAUAAUUUAAAGAAAUAAUUGAUAUUUUUGACUCUCUAGUCAUAUUAUCAUAAUUUAUUUUGAUUAUAGUACUAUUUUUUAUGGAUGAAAAUAUUAUUAUUAAUUACAAUAAUUAUAUCAACUUUGUAAAAGCUUUGAAAAUGCUAAGAUUGGUAUAUUCAUUAUUUUUAUAUUAAUAGAUGAAAUUUCUAUAUAUUGCAAGAAUCUUUUAUUCAAUUUGUGUUUUGGCUCGUUGUUUAGUGUAAACAUUAUUAAAAAUUAAAGAUUUAAUAUUCCUUUUUAUAUUUUUAAUCAUAAUUACUUCACUAUUUGGAUAAGAGUUAUUAGCUUAUAAAGUAAGAUUUGAAGAAUUACCUAAUGGAGAAUUAGAGAUAUCUCAUUCAUAAGAAGGCAUAUCUGCUCCUAUUAAUUAUGAGGGAUUUGGAAAUGCUUUGAUGGCUGCUACAAAUGUUUUUUAUAAUGAGGAAUGGCAUAUAACAAUGUUCAUACAUGCUUAAAAAAUAUGGGUAUCUAUAUUAUAUCAUAUCAUUACUAUAUUAAUGGGUUAAGUAUUGUUUGUAAGACUCUUUUUAGCAGUUUUUUUAAAUGAAUUUUGUUAACAAUUAAAAAAGAUUGAAUAAGAAAUAAAACCAAUAAAUUUUAUAUUACAAGGUAAAAAAGCAUUAAAUUUUAUUAUUUAAUUAAUUAAAAAAAGAAGAAGAUCUAAAAUACAUUCUUAAGCUCAAUUACAAUAAUAGAAUAAUCCAUAAUCUAGAUAAUCAGCUAAAAGUCCAUCUAGAAUUUCAAUGUUUCAUAAUUUAAAUGGAAUAAAAUUAUAAAGAUUACCAGAAAGUACUAAUAAUGAAUUAUUAGAUCAAAAAGUUUAGACUCCUUCAAAUAUAUUUUGUAUUAUAUCAUAUUUUCAUUUUUAGCAAAUAAAGAAAGUAUGAUAGAUCCAUUAAAAAAAGAAGUAUAAAAAAAUAUAAAUAAUAAAAAUAUUUAUGAAGAUGAUCAUAUAUAAGAUCAUAAUAUAGAUGAACAUUAAAAUGAAGAAGAUAUGGAUCAUGAUUCAAGUUAAGAUGAGAAUUUGAAAUCACCAGAUGAUCCAUCUCAUCCAGUUUAAUCUAAAAAUUUAAAUAAAAGUAUUCGAAAAUCUAUGAGAAAGAGUAAUUCUGAAAAAACACUAUUUAUUUUUGCUCCUGAAUCAGAUUUUAGAUAAUUAGUAACUACUUUAGUAACUAAUAUUUAUUUUAGAAUAUUUAAUUUUACAUUAAUUCUUUUAACUUGUAUUAGAAUUGCAUUAUUGAAUCCUUUAGAAGAUCCAAAAUCUGAUCUUUCUUAUGUUUUGUAAAUUGGCUAUAUCUUUUUAACAGUAUUUUACAUAUUGGUAAUCUUGUUGAAUUGUAUAGCUUUUGGAUUAUACAAAACUGAAUAAUCCUUCUUUAGAUAAUCAGUCUAUAAUAUAUUUUCAUUUGCUAUCACUAUAGUUGAUUUAAUAACUUUGAUCUUUGAUAUUACACACCCAUUAAGUAAAUUCAUUACUUCUCUUAGAAUUCUAUAAUUUAUUUAGAUAGGAGCUGUAUUUUCUAAGAAUAUAGCAUAUGCAUAAGCAUCAUUAUUAAAUGCAUUCACUUAAAUGAUUUAAUUAGCAAUAUUUUGCAUAAUAAUAUUGUCAAUCUAUGGAGUAUUUGCACUUAAAAUAUUGAAAGGAACAAUGUAUUAUUGUGAUAUAGAUGAUAAUAAGUUUAAGGAAUUUAUUUAAACAUCAACUGAUUGUUUUGAUUAUGGUGGAUCAUGGAUAAAUUAGAUAUUGACAUUUGAUACUAUAUUUUCAAGUAUAUUAACUUUAUUUUGUGUUGCAACAUCUGAGAAUUGGAUACCACUUUAAAUUUAAGCUUGGAAUUCAGUAGGAAUUAAUAGAUAACCAAUAUCAAGCAAUAAUAGAUUAUUUUCAGUUUAUUUUUAGAUAUUCUUUUUUUUAGGUUUUUUAUGUUUAUUAAAUAUGUUUAUUGGAUUAAUUGUUAAUGCUUAUUAAGAGGCUAAGAUGAAAGCAUAAAAUUUACAUUUAUUAGAUGAAACAUAGAGAGAAUGGUUUUAGAUAAAAAUGUAAAUUUAUACAAUGAAACCAUUGGUGAAAUCAAAGAAACCAGAGAAUUCAUUAAGAAAACUUUUAUUUUUUAUGGUUAAAUAAAAAUAUUUUAAGAUAUUUUGGUUAAUAAUUAUAUUUAGUAAUACAAUAAUUUUGGCAAUUCAUUUUUAAAGAGCUGAUGAAAAUUAUAAAUAUGGUUUAGAUAUUGUUAAUGAUAUAUUUGUAUCAAUAUUUGCUUUUGAAAUCUUGUGUAGAUUUUUUGCAAAAGAAAAACAUUUAUAUUUUAAAGAUAUAUCUAAUAUUGUUGAUAUAAUAGCAAUAUGGUGGGCAAUUGCAAAUCUAUUUAUUAAAAAUAAGGAUGAUUAUAAUUUCUAUUUUAAAAGAAUAUCAAAUGCUAUAUCUGUGGCAUAUUAAUUAUAAAGAAAUUAUAGAAUAGUAAAAAGAUUUAAUAAUUUGGAAAAACUAUUUUCAUCUAUAUUUUCAGUAAUUCCAAAUGCUUUAUCGAUGUUGUUUAUAAUGUUUAUAUUUCUAUUCAUAUACACAACUUUGGGAAUUGAUAUGUUUGCAUUUAUUCGUACAUAAACAAGUUUAAAUGGAUGGGAUUAACAUUUUCGUAAAUUCUCAACUGCAAUGUUUGCAUUGAUUAAAGUAGCUAGUUCAGAAAGUUGGUGGACAAUUAUGAUUGAUACUCUACAUGAAUAAUCACCAAAUUAUGCUUGCAAUUAUAUGUCAACAUAUGAAGAAUACUUAAUAUAUGGAUUUAAUGGUUGUGGUACUCCAUAUGCUUAUUUAUAUUUUAUAUCAUUCCACAUAAUUUUCUCAUUAAUGAUUUUAAAUCUUCUUAUAGCAUCUGUAUUAGUAGCUUAUGAAGAACAUGUUAAAAGUGAAGAAUCAGCUGUAAGUAAAUAUUAAUUAAAUGAUGUGCUUUCAUUAUGGAGAAAUUAUGAUCCUGAAGGCAAAGGAUUUAUAAAUUAUAAAGAUUUUUGGAAAUUAUCAUCAGAAAUAGCAAUAAUAUUUGGAGUAGCUUAAGAUGAUUUAUUAGAUGUUAAUAAUAAGAAGAACUUUUUAAAAGUUUUAAAUAUUCCAAUUUAUGAAUCUAAAGAAUCUAAUAUGUUAUGUUACAAAUUUCAUGAUGUAAUAUUAUCAUUAACUAAGAUUUCAGUCACUCUUAAAUAUGGAGUAACAAAGUAAUUAUUUUUAUGUAUUAUUAUAAUAGUCUUGAACCAACUGAUAAGAUAAUAUAAUAAAAGUUAUUAGUUUAAUUAGGUGAUUUAUAACGUAAAGAUUUUAUGAAUUAAUUUACUCCUACAAGUUUUAAUAGUGGUGAUAUGGUUGCCAUUAUUUAUAUUCAAAAGAAAUUUAGAUUAUGGAAGAAGAGAGUAUAGGUAUUAAGAGAAGGAGGAGAUGUUAAAGCUAUUUAUAAUGAAAUGUCAGAUCUUAAGAAUAUGAUUAAGAAAUAGCUUGAACUUGAAGAAUAAUAGGAAAAAUAAAAUUGA